CCAGGUUCCAUUUGAUUCAAGUGUUUAUUCAAAUUAUUAAGUUGAGAAAGAAAUAAAAAUUAACAAAAUCCAUCGAUCUUUCUUGAAAGAAAAGCUUAAACAGAAAAAAGGUUUUUUCAUACCACAAAACUUAAUUUCAUGUUUAAUAAAGAUUAAAAACUCGCGUUUAUGGGAAAAAAUUAAAAGUGUUUAAGUAAUAAAGUGUCAAGAAAUAAAUAUCAGUGAACAGUUGAAGCAAAAAAAAUUUAUUUUUAUGAAUUUUAAUGCAAUUUCUCGAACAAAAUGAUUAAUAAACUGGAAGUAUUAAUAUUAAUGAUUUUCGUAAGUGUUGUUACAUCAAUGGAUCAACAAGAACAGAGUAUGGUGACAUUAGGAAUUGAAUGUCAUCAUGACAUGGAUUGUUCGGAUCACAUUAAAGGAAGUUACUGCUCGCUUGAAGGGAUUUGUGAAUGUUCACCUUUUUAUGUAACGUUCAACGAAACUAUUUGUCUACCUUCACAACUUUUAGGAAACGAUUGCGUCAAAGAUGAACAGUGUUCGAUGCGUGUAGCUAACAGUGGAUGUUUAGAUGGAGCUUGUCGUUGUACAGAAGGAUUUCUACAAUUUAGAAAACAUACUUGUCUUGUUCCCGCACAACCUGGCACUGUGUGUUAUUCAAAUCACCAUUGCAAAAUGUGGGACGAGAAUUCACAUUGCGACUUCCUGAUUCCAAAUCUGUUCGGACGUUGUCAAUGCACGUCGCCGGCAAAAAUCGUCGGUUUGAAUUGCAUUGCGGAACAACCAAACACAGAAUUCGAUGACGGCAUUAAGGUCAUUAACACAUUAUCUGAAUUGAUUUAUCCACAAUUGCACAAUAAUUAUGAAUCGAAGCAACCUGAACUUGAAAUUGCAAAUUCAGUAACCGAAGCUGAAAUUACAGAAAAUCUCAUCGAUGAUGAACCAAAAGAACAUCAAGAAAUUAUAAAUCUUCAAUCUUAUGUUGAUAAAGAUGAGAAUAAUGAUGAAGAUGAAGAAGAACCGGAAUUUUCAGAACCCAUCGAUGUUACUGACAGCGAGCAUGAUGAAUAUCACGAUGAAGAAAAUGAAAUUCUUGAUGAACACGAUGAUCUUGAGACCGAAUUUAUUCAACAUGAAACCGAACCAUUAUUGCAAGAUCUCGCCAAUCAAGUGAUGCAUUUGAUUGAAGACAACACAGGAAAAGAAGAUAAUCUGGAAGGUCAAUCUAAUGUAAUUGAUAAAGAAAAUAUUGUGCAAACAGAAGCAACAGCUGUUGAAGAAACCACAGAGAUGAUUGAUAAUGAUGCGGCUGUUACUGCUGCCGCAGAUGAUGCAAGUGAAGCAUUAGAUUCAGAGCAAAUUAACGGUUCUCAAGUAAUGGAAGGUAAUAAAAACGAAGACCUGGUUGAACUCACAACAAAUGCUGUUGAGACGCUAACAGAGAAAAUUGAUGAAAAUGAAAGUUCAUUAGCAUCUGAAGUACCUGAGACAACAACAGAUUUACCUGCUGAUGAUGAAUUACCGACGACUACAGAAGAAAUUGCGAUGGACACAACAACACAAGUAAUUUUAGAAUUAACAAGUCGAACGAGCGUUAUGGAACCGAAUGCUGAAGUUGCUACAACAAUUACAAAUUUCGUGCACGAUAAGAAUGAAGUUGUAACAACAGCUUCGCCAUUCUCAAUUGAAGCUUCAACGGUAGACACAAGACACAAAGUUCAUCGAGCUGAGUUGGAUAACUUGGCGGUUUCUUUGGGACUUCCUUGUCGAAGCGAUAAGCAAUGCCAACAUGCAGAUCCACACACGUAUUGUUCGGAGCAAAAUAUUUGUGAAUGUGAAGCGAUGAGAGAUGCUGUGGUUUCUACUUCAUGUUCAGCUCACAACACUGGGUGCGCUGAAGGAACUUUCCAGUGUCGAUCAUCAGGUAUCUGCAUUAGUUGGUUCUUUGUUUGCGAUGGACGUUCCGAUUGCAGUGAUGGAUCUGAUGAAGAAUGCACUUUCGAUAUUUACGGAACAAAGAAAACAAAUGAAACAGUUGAUUGUCCACAACAAUCAUUUAAAUGUUAUCGAAGUGGACGAUGCGUCUCGAAAGCUGCUCUUUGCGAUGGCAAACCUCAAUGCCCUGGAGCAGAAGAUGAAGAGAACUGCGAUUUCCGAAAGUCAAGACGAUGCCCAGCAAAUACUUUUCCAUGCCGAUCUGGCGAAUGUUUACCGGAAUUUGAAUUUUGUAAUGCGAUCGUCUCAUGUCGAGAUGGAAGUGAUGAACCACCACAUUUAUGUGGAUCAAACAUCAUAAUCUCGAAUUCAUUCCAAAGACCUCAGAGCUUCGCAGUUGCUCGUGGAAAUCGCUAUUGUCCAUUGAAAUGUGGAAAUGGACGUUGUCGAAGUUCAGCGAUUGUAUGUUCAGGCCGAGAUGGAUGUGGAGAUGGAAGUGAUGAGCAAAAUUGUUCAGUUUGUCGAUGUCCCGUUCCAUCACCGAAGACAGCAUCAACAACCACACAACAGUCAACUUUCAAACGAAUUCGAAAGAACCGAAUAGGCUGGUUUCAGUUUCUCAAAAGCUUAAACUGAAACUCAUUACAUUGAAAGUCUCUUAAGAAAUUUUUAAUUUUAAGAUUUUAAUUUAUUAAUUAAACUACCCAAAAAAAAUUAGUUUUCCUUCAUCGUUUAUAAAAAUUGUGCCAGUGGAAAAUUUUGUAAAAAAGAAAUUUAAUAAUUCAAGAAUUUUCUCGCUCGAUUGGCUAUGAAUCUUUAUGUUUAAUUGGAAUAGCAUUGAUGAAAUCAUAAAUGAUAAUGAAUUGAAUAAAAUACUAAUGGCACUGAUUUUCAGAAGCGACAAUUAA